AUGGCCUCUGGGGUGGAAGUCCUGCGCUUCCAGCUGCCUGGCCACGAGGCCGCUACGCUGAGGAACAUGAACCAGCUCCGCGCAGAGGAGCGGUUCUGCGACGUGACCAUUGUGGCCGAUAGCCUCAAGUUCCGCGGCCACAAGGUCAUCCUGGCCGCCUGCUCGCCGUUCCUGCGGGACCAGUUCCUGCUGAAUCCCAGCUCUGAGCUGCAGGUCUCACUGAUGCACAGUGCACGCAUAGUGGCUGACCUGCUCCUCUCUUGCUAUACGGGCGCCCUGGAAUUCGCCGUCAGGGAUAUCGUUAACUACCUGACGGCCGCGUCCUACCUGCAGAUGGAGCACGUGGUGGAGAAAUGCCGGAACGCCCUCAGCCAGUUUAUUGAGCCCAAAAUAGGCCUUAAAGAGGAUGGGGUCAGCGAUGCCAGCCUUGUGAGCAGUGUCAGUGCCACCAAAUCCCUGCUCCCUCCUGCCAGGACCCCAAAGCCAGCCCCCAAACCCCCACCCCCGCCCCCUCUCCCCCCUCCACUCCUGCGGCCUGUGAAGCUGGAGUUCCCUCUGGAUGAGGACCUGGAGCUGAAGGCCGAGGAAGAGGAUGAGGACGAGGACGAGGACGUGUCUGACAUCUGCAUCGUCAAGGUGGAAUCAGCCCUGGAGGUGGCACACCGGCUCAAACCUCCCGGGGGCCUCGGAGGAGGUCUGGGCAUUGGAGGCUCUGUGGGCAGCCACCUUGGGGAACUGGCCCAGAGCAGCGUGCCUCCCAGCACUGUGGCCCCACCGCAGGGUGUGGUGAAAGCCUGCUAUAGCCUAUCUGAGGACGCGGAAGGGGAGGGCCUGCUCUUGAUCCCUGGAGGCCGGGCCAGUGUGGGGGCCACCUCAGGCCUCGUGGAGGCAGCAGCGGUGGCCAUGGCUGCCCGGGGGGCGGGGGGCAGCCUGGGGGCAGGGGGCGGCCGGGGACCCCUGCCCGGAGGCUUUUCCAGCGGAAAUCCCCUAAAGAACAUCAAGUGCACCAAGUGCCCGGAAGUGUUCCAGGGCGUGGAGAAGCUGGUCUUCCACAUGCGGGCGCAGCACUUCAUCUUCAUGUGCCCGCGCUGCGGCAAGCAGUUCAACCACAGCAGCAACCUCAACCGCCACAUGAACGUGCACCGCGGCGUCAAGUCGCACUCGUGUGGCAUCUGCGGCAAGUGCUUCACGCAGAAGUCCACGCUGCACGAUCACCUCAACCUCCACUCGGGAGCGAGGCCCUAUCGCUGCUCCUACUGCGACGUGCGCUUCGCUCACAAGCCGGCCAUUAGGCGGCACCUCAAGGAGCAGCACGGCAAGACCACAGCCGAGAACGUGCUGGAGGCUAGUGUGGCUGAGAUCAAUGUCCUCAUCCGCUAG